CAAUCAGCUGGGCUCCGAGGAGUUAUUGUUGGGGACGGCGACCCGGUCUGCUUGCCCCCGCGGUGUUUCCAUAACGAGUUCUUUCAUGAGACCGAGACGUGUUCGGUGGCCUCGGACCCGAAUAAUUCUUCUUCCCCCUCCACCCUUUGCUAAUUGGCGACCGAAAGUGCCCGGUGGUUGUCAGGUUGCAACUGUUGCCAGAGGCGGGCGAGCCUUCUUUUGGAUCUCCCCAACUUCCAGCCCCGGUGUCCCGCCGUCCCAAGCAAUGGAACCGAAACGCUGCAGGCUUUGGAGUUAGUCCGAGUGGCUCGCUCCCAAUGGUGGGCGCUACCGGGACAGUUAGCCAGGCUUUACUGCCUCGUAGUUCAAAACCGAGGCUUGACUCAUUUUAAUUUUAACGCUUUUUUUUGGUGACAAAACUCCUCCAGUUUAAUUACCCUCUCUCUAAAAAAGUUGCAACUUCCUCCCCCCCCCCUUAUGAUCAGAUGUUUAAAUUAAAAUGUAAGGACUUUUGGAAGCAGGAGCGGUUUGUUUUUUAUUUCACACUACGCGAGUUUCGAGAGACACGUAAGGGUCGUGGUUUAUUUCAGCUGUCAAGAGAAAAGGAAGCUACUUGCAGAAGUGGAAGUCAUUAAUAUUUCGGAACGUUUCUCAGUUCAAUCGGUUUGAUUCUCUAGCAGGUUGUGCCUAUAACUAACUUGUGUCAUUUAUUUGAGAAAUGGCUAGAUCAAACGCCACGAGCACAACAGUGCUUUCCAUUUCGUUGUGUUUAUUUGCCGUGUGCCGCACGUACCCGACUCCAGACGACCGAGAUAAGUUGAUGAAAGUGGAACAGUUCAGAUUUACUGGCGGUAAUCUACUAUCAACGACAAAAGAAAUCAAAGUCAAUGAUAUUCUCAUGAAAAUAAAAGUCGAGGAAGUUACUGAAGGAACGAAAGCCGGUAAAUUCCCACCGGCCAUGCACUUUUUCAGAGCUAAAGAACUGAUAGAACAGAGCAGAGUUUUUAACAUUUUACGGAAGCUGCCCAAAGGUGCUGCACUACACCUGCAUGAUUAUGCCUUGCUGAAUGUGGAUUGGCUGGUGAAGAAUGCAACCUACCUGCCUAAUUGUUAUAUUUGUUUCACGGAUGCUGGAGGUGUCAGAUUUCAUUUCUUCCUCAAACGCCCAGAGAACAGACUGGUCAUGUGCUCAGAAUGGGUUUUGCUUGAGAGCUACAGACGUCAACAUAAAAAUGUCACAGAACUUGAUAACAGUCUAAUCAGAAAUCUUACACUGGUAACAGAAAAACCAGAGGAAGCCUACCGAUCACAACACAUGGUUUGGAGAAGAUUUGAAGACCUAUUUCAAGCUGCUUCCAGCCUCAUUUCCUAUGCCCUCGUGUUUAAAACGUACUUCUAUGAGGCUUUGAGGGAGUUCUACCAUGAUAAUGUACUCUACAUAGAGAUACGAGCCUUGCUGAUGCCGGUGUAUGAACUCAAUGGCACCUUACAUGACAAGGAGUGGUCCAUUAGGGCUUACCAGGAGGUUACCAGACAAUUCCAACACGAUUAUCCUGACUUCAUGGGAGCCAAAGUCAUAUUUUCAACACCUAGAAAACAUAACAAUUCUUUCAUGAAAACAACAAUAAAUGAGGCCAUGAUACUUCAGCAGAAGUUCCCCGAGAUCAUAGCAGGGUUCGACAUGGUUGGCCAAGAAGAUGCUGGGCACCCACUGUGGUAUUUCAAGAACGAGCUUUUAAUUCCAAAGGAAACAGGAGUUAAGCUGCCUUUUUUCUUUCAUGCUGGUGAAACUGACUGGGAGGGUACAAGUGUAGAUGAAAACAUCCUGGAUGCCUUACUACUGAACACAAGUCGAAUAGGCCAUGGCUACGGCAUAAACAAACAUCCAAUGGCAAAGUGGAUUUCCAGAAAAUUUAAUGUACCCUUAGAAAUCUGUCCAAUUUCAAACCAGGUGCUAAUGCUGAUCACUGACCUGCGAAACCAUCCUGCUGCAAACCUGAUGGCAGAAGGUCAUCCUCUGGUCAUCAGUGCGGACGAUCCAGCUGCCUUCGGAGCCCGUGGCUUAUCGUAUGACUUCUACGAGGCCUUUAUGGGAAUAGGAGGUUUGAAAGCUGAGCUGACCACACUGAAGCAGUUGGCUCUGAACUCCAUCAAGUAUAGUGCUAUGUCUGUCGAGAUGAAGGUCGAAAGCAUUGAACUCUGGCUGACAAAGUGGGAUAAGUUUUUGGAUGAAGUCCUUAACAUGUUCAACAAGGACGAGCUAUGAGAGGAACUCUGUUUUUAGCAAAAUAUUUAGCUCCCAGGGAGAUUGUGGCUUAUUUUUUUUCUUUUACAGUGUGGAAUAGGUCUUCGUGGCCCUUCAAACUAUACCAUCCUGCAACCCCUGAUUUAACCCUAGCCUAAUCAUGAGGCAAUUUAAAAUGACUAAAUAAACUUCCAAUCAGGACGUCUUUGGACUGUGGGAGAAAACUGGAGCGCCUGGAGGAAACCCACACGAGGCGUACAAACUCCUUAACGGCAGCUGUGGGAAUUGUAACCAGGUUGCUGGUACUUAAAGCAUUGUGCUAGGCACUACAGUACCAUACCGCCCCAUUGUAUCCAUUAUUAAGUAAAUUUUUUAUCAAAGUACAUAGACCCUAUAUACACCUCUGACAUUCAUUUUCUUGUGGGCAUACUCAAUAAGUUUAUAGAAUAAUCACCAUAACAAAAUUAAUAAAAGACCGCCCAACUUGGGUGUUCAACCAGAAGGCAACAAACCAUACAAAUAAGAAAAGAAAUAAAUAAGUAUUGAGAACAUGAGAUGAAUGAAAAGUCCUUGAAAGUGAGUCCAUAGGUUGUGGGAACACUUGAAUGAUGUGGCAAGUGAAGUUACCCCUUUGGUUCAAGAGCCUGAUGGUUGAGGGUUAAUAACUGUUCAUGAACCCGGUGAUGUCAGUCCUGAGACUCCUGUACCUGAUGGCAGCAGUGAGAAGAGAGCAUGUCCUGACUGGUGGUCGCUGAUGAUGGCUGCUGCUUUCCUGAGACAGCAUUUCAUGUAGAUGUGCUCAGUGGUGGGGAUGACUUUAUCCUUUACCCGUGAUGGACUGGGCUGCAUCCACUAUUUUUUGUAGGAUUUUCUACUAAAAGGCUUUGGUGUUUUCAUACCAGGCUGUGAUGCUGCCAGUCAAUAUACUCUCCUCUACACAUCUAUAGAAGUUUGUCAAAGUUUUAGAUGUCAAUUUGAAUCUCUGCAAAACUCCUAGAAGUAGACGUACUGUACUGCCUUGCUUUCUUCAUAAUUGCACUUUGAGCUGUGCUUAGCCACACAGUCAUAAGUGUAAAGUGAGUGGAGCAGGGGGCAAAGCACACAGCCAUGUCAUGCACCUGUGCUGAUGGAGAUCCUGAUGUUGAUGUCUAUCUGAACUGACUGGGGUCUGCGAGUGAGGAAAUUGUGGAAAAAAUUGCACAAGGAGGUAUUGAGGCCAAGGUCUUGGAGCUUAUUGAUGAGUUUUGAGGAGAUGAUUGUAUUGAAAAGGGUUGAGUGAAGAGCCAAUAAGGCGGCACCUGCUGUGGACCUAAUGCUCUGGUAGGCAAAUCGGAGCAGAUCUAAAUCAACUCCCAGGCAGGAGUUGAUAUGUUUCAUCACCAACCUCUCAAAACACUUCAACACCAUGGAUGUAUGUGCAACUGGGUGAUCGUCACUGAAGCAGGUCACCAUGCCUGCGUGGAAAUGAAGCCUGCUUGAAACAGAUGGGAAUCUUAGUCUGCCAAAUCAAGAGGUUAAAGAUCUCAGUGUACACUCCAGCCAAUUGAUCACCACAGGCCUUUAGUACUUAGCCUGGUACCACGUCUGGGCAGGGUGCUUUUCAUGGGUUCACCCUCCUAAAGGCUGCUCGCAAGUCAGCCUCAGAGACUGAAACCAUGGGAUCAUCGGGGGCUGUAAGAGUUUUGUAAUAGUUCCUCCAUAUUUUGAUGGUCAAAGCAAGCGUAGAAGACAUUGGGCUCAUCUGGAAGCAAAGCCCUGCUUUCACCUCUAUAAGUUGAUUUAACUUUAUAAGAGGUGAUGGUAUUCAAACCCUGCUGCAACUGUUGAGAAUCCUUCGUUGAUUCAAAUUUAGUCCAGGAUUGCCACCGCCCAAGAAAUGGCUUUCCAGAGGCCUUGUGUGAGCCUCUUGUAACUUUCUUGGUCACCAGACAUGAAUACUGCUGACCUAGCCCUCGGCAGAUUGUGGAUUGCAUGGUUCAUCGGGGCUUCUGGUUGGGGAAGGCUCCGAAUGAUUAUAUGGGGACACAGUCUUCUAUAACUAUUUUAAUGAAGUCCGUUACAGCCGUGGUGUAUUCGUGCAGAUCCACAGAUGGUCAAAAGUUCAAAGAGCACAUACACCUUGAGAUUCCUUUUCCUGUGGUAUACUUGGCAAAUCUAUAGAAUGGUAACUAAACCGGAUCAAUGAAUAACAAGCUGGAAAUGCAAAUAUAAAUAAAUAGCAAUAAGUAACCAGCAUGAAAUGGCAAGAUGAGGAGUCCUUAAGGUGAGACCAUCGGUUGUGGCAACACUAGAAAUAGUAUGUGUAUAGUUAUCUCCUUUCGUUCAGGAGCCUGAUGGUUGAGGGGUAAUAACUGUUCUGGAACCGACUUGAAGCCGUUCUGUAGCCGCUCCUCUGCCUCCCGCAACCACCUCUUUGUUGUUCUAAUCUGUUGAGCUUUGUUGUUUGGCCUCUGCCGAAAUGCAUUCUGGGCAUUCCUCAUCUUAGUUUAACUGUGGUAUAGUGUGUUGUGACCUUUGGUGCUGCAGGUUAUAUACUGAUGGUAAUUGGGCAGGGUUUUCUUCAAACAAGCCUGGGUGAAGUCUCCGACAAUGAUUUGAAAUGCUUUGGGAUCGGCUGUUUCUUGUUUGGAGACGGCAUCCUGCGACAUCUCAAGGGUUUGAUCAUAGUCGGCUGCUGGUGGUAUAUAAACUGUGGCCAGGGUUAUGGAGGAGAACUCCCUAGGUAAGUAGAAUGGAUGGCAUUUGACCGUUAGGUGUUCAAGGUUGGGGGAACACAAGUUCGACAAAACCGCCACAUCAGAGCUCUACCGAGAGUUUAUCAUGAAACGCACAACUCCACCUUUUGCCUUUCCCGAAUCAACACUUCAGUUCAUUUGUUAAAACAAGAAGCCGCCUGGUUUGACCACUGUAUCUGAUAUGCUGGGAGACAGUCCCUCAUCUCCCUCUGAUACAGCAAUCUUGCCCUCAGGUCCUCAGUUUUGUCCUUCAGUGACUGCACAUUUACUAACAAGAUGCUGGGUAAAGGGGGCCUCCCCCCUCUGCUUUUCAGCCUAGCUUGGAGACCCCCUGCCCCCCCCCCCCUCCCCCGCCAUCGCUUCUGGCCAUGGCGAUGCACCUUUGUCUGCUUAAAGGUGCCAUACCUGCCUGGCCCACUGAGACUUUCAGACGAUUGUGAAAUUUGUAGAGCAUCGUUGAUUUAAAAGUACAUUGCCCAGAGGGGAAAGAAGGAAAGAAGGUGCUGCAGAUUUCAGUGAGCAUAGUAUGAAUGAAGUAUAUUUUGAAGUAUUGUCAGCCCACAGAAAGUCGACACGGUUUACAGUGCCAUCACAACCAAAUUCUUUACCUCCUACACUCCACUUUUCUAGCACUCCCAUACAACUUACGACAUGAGCCUGUUUCUGUCUGAAUAUCUUAUUCAUUAUUGGUAGAGAUUCUUUUAAUCACUAUGUUAUUGUUUUAGGAUCUUUAUAAAGUUUUUCUGGUGAAGUGGUGCUUUCUGUUUGGGGGGAAAAUAAUUUUCAAGUUUUGCUUGCCACAGCCUAUCACUUCCUUUCUCCGUUCCUCUUGCACUCUAUACUCUACCCUUCCAUUCUCCAAAGCAUUUCUCAUGACAUUAAAAAAUGUAUAAACUAUAAGCUCAAAUUUAAUUAUUGCAACUCAGAGCCAGUACUGUUGGCAACCACAUUCUCAGCAACAACGUAUCUCUUUUUGAGAUGGGGAAAAAAUGGAUUAAACUAAAAUAACAAAAACAAACUUUUGGUUCUAAGUUGUGCCAGCGUGGGCUGUGGUGGUACAAUAGGGAUAAAAAUAGAAAGUGAAGAGGUUUGGUUGGUUGUUGAUACUGUUGUGGUGCAGUUACAAAAUCAUGGUUUUAAUGGCAAAGAGAGAAUUCAAUCUGACUCUGCCUUGUACUGCUAUUCAAUUUCGAGUUUAAUAACAUUAGGCCAAUUUUACUGGUAUAGUUUGUUCAAAGAGAAACAUUGUUUGAAUUUUAUUUACAUUUUAGUGUCUGAAACAUUACUGUAAUACUGUUUACCAAUACACAAACUUGUGAACUUCCUUCAAUAAUGUUCACAAAAGGCUUUUUACAGAUUGACUACUGUUUGUGCUUCAGUAAAGUCGUAUUAGUGAACAAGUAAUUGUAUGCAAAGUUUAUCAUUAAUUUUCAUUAAGCUGUUAUUGUGCCCUGUAAAUGUAUCUGAUAUUAAAUAUGGGCUAAACAUUAACUGGCUAUGACAUGUUAAAUGUAAUAUAGUUGUCAAAAAGUCCGUAUCCUUUCAUUUACUCCAUAAAUAUUUGGAGAAGGCCAUGUACAUGACAGCAUAGGUUCAGCUUCCUCAUCAUUUGUAUUCAAGCAGAAUCUCUGCCAUCUGCAUGGGUAUCUAUUCAUCCCAGCAGGGUGGGGAGUUAUUCAUUCAGCUGAAUGUAAGGAGCAUGAUUAAAUGACUGCUGAAAAAGGAGCUCUGUAAUAGAAGUAAUGAAACAUUGCUCAAAUGGACAGAUUUUUUUUGAGUAUUCAUCGAUAUGGUAAUAGGACUGUUGACAAGGUGAAAUGUUAUUGCGUGCUUAUUAACAUGAGCACAUGGUGAAAUGAUUAUGUAAGUCUGGCACAUGAACAUUGUGUCCAACUGCAGUAUUGAUCAACAUAUGGCACGUUAGUUUAAAACUGGAAAAACAAUUAAUUGUGCAUUGAUGAACUGAUUUUGUGCUGAUGGUACUAUAGACGUGUGGAACAGAAAUGCACGAGAUGCCGUUCCUGAACCUUUCUCUUCCUUUACCUUUUCCCGAAUAAAGCUUUGAUUGAGCCAUGCA